CGCGGCCCCGGCGUACCAGAAGGGGGUUUUCGCUGGCCCUACGUAGCUGGCUCCCGAGUUCGACUCCGACGCCGCGAGACGCGAAGUAGCGUAGAGGUGGUGACGAGACGACCGAACGACCUCAACCAACAACCAGACCCCGUGUCAUCAUCGGCCCGUGUGUACGCGAAACCGUCGCGACAAGUGCGGUAAAAAAGCCGAAGCCCCCUCGAUAAGCAGCCGAAACCAUGAGUUACCAGAAGGGAGGCGUCCUGAGCGUCAGCCUACGGCGAGACUUUAGCGCCACGCCGUGGGGAUUCCGACUUCAGGGCGGCUUCGACCUCAACGCCCCUCUCACCAUCCAGAGGGUGUUUCUGGGUAGCCCUUCCGAGGGCGAGCUGCACCGCGGUGAUCUGGUGCUCAAGAUCGGCGAUCGCGACACGUCCCGCAUGACCCACAACGAGGCGACCGAACUUAUCCGAAACAGCGGCAACAACCUGAACCUGGUCGUGCACAGGAGUCCCGGGCCACACUCGCCGGCCUCAACCCCGACGACGCCCAAGCCUGCCGGCAUGGUGUCCGGCGGCCACCCUCUGGCCGGCGCCACGUACCGGCCCGCGGGACCGCCGGCCUAUGUGUCGCCGCAGAGCCCCGGCAUCACCAUCACGACGCAGAACGUUACGGUGCCAGCGUCGGGCCCCUACCAGGACGGCCAGUACCAGUACGAGCUGCGCCAGGGCUUCCUGGUGCCCGAGCCGCUUGUCGAAAACAAGAUCGACGCGCUCAAGGAACAGGCCAAGAUUACCAACCAAACAUACAGGACUACUCCCCUGAUCACACCGUCCGCGAAGCCGCGGCGUGAUGUGACCAUCGGAUCGUACCUGCGGCACGUGAAAGAGCCCUACUUCACCACCAUGAAGAUGCCCGUCGACAGCCUCAACAACCCUGAAGCAAUUGCCAAGAAGGUGCAGGAGACGGUGAACCAGGUGGCAUCCGGCAGUAAUUCGCCGUGCUUCGGCCUGCCGGCCUCGGUGGCCACCAGCGGUGGCAGCGGCGGGCGCGUCACACCAGGCGCGGAUGGGCCCAAAGUCGUGCACAACGUGUACAACUCGCCCAUUCAUCUCUACUCGACCCAGAACGUGGCCGACACACUGGCCGCGCAGACGGGCCUCAAGGUCGGUCAGGGCAACCUCCAGCCAUCUGGAAGCGCCAGCCCUCAACAGCAGCAGCACUCACCGCGGAGCGUGGGCAGUGCUGGCAGCGGUGCGGGCAUGAUCAAGCCUGGCACCAAGCUGAGUAGCGCAGCCGACAUCACCAUGUCACCCACCUACCAGAUGAUCCACGGCGAGGAGUGGCGUGACAUCCGCAAAAGCGACCUCCAGGAGCACCGGCCAGUCCAGAAUCAGUUGUAUGCUGUGCAGCCAGACUACGGCAAUGCCAUCAACGCGUUCGGCGCGCCCAAGGGACGCAUCCAGCAGUCCAACAGCUUCAAGACUAUCAUGUCCACUGUCAUGACACCAAAGCUGCUCUAGAGCCACUACCUUUGAUGAAUGCCCCUGUACACGAAUUCAUGUUUAUAGAGCCACACAAGGUUAGAGAAGGUCUCUGUGAAUGUGCUUUUUACCCUCAUGCACGUCAAGGAAAAUGUGCGAGUCUUUACAAACAUGAGUUCGUCUACAGAGCCCCUAUCCAGGAGUGCCUUUAACCUUCAAGUUUGCACAAAGAAGCUGACGAGGUCACUGUUGAGAGCACAAUGUUGUGAUGCACAUGAAGUCCAGAGGCACCAAGAAACAAGUGCUUACACAGUUUCCUCCAGCCAGAGAAAGGCAAUUUGCAACAAAUCAGUGGAGGUCUUCUCAGUCACGUGAUGUAGUCAAAGCCAUUUGUGCCUAACGAUCGCAGUUUCCCGAUUGAAGGUACCAAAAGAAAUGCUUGCGAUCUGUGAUCCCCGAGCAAACUUCAAUUUAAAGCUUGGCAAGAGAGCUAGUGCACACUAUGAAGAAUUAGUGUGUCUCUAGAUAUCCUCAAUGCCAUUAAACACCAUAAAUGUAAAGCAAGCACAUAACUGCAGUGUUAUGAAAACUACCAAAUUUUUAUAAUAUUGUUUAAUAAUAAUAAAUACAGCUGUUAAAAUAAUGCAUGUAAACUAUGUGGCAAGUACUAAAGGUUUGUCACAUAGUUUGGUAUGUCAAAAUAGUGAAUACACAGCUCUUUUUAUCUAUGAACAUUGAGCCUCUCUGCUGCUUUCAAGGAAUAAAAAUAAAUUUGUAAACAAUCUUCAGCCCACCAAGUUAAAUGGUUUAUGUUGCCAAAAUAGUGCUUCCGAGCUUGUGGAGGUUUGGUAUACGUUGUGGCAUAUUGCACACAACAUGCUAUUAGAACAUUGCAUACUGGCAUAAGCUAAGUUUAAGCAAGUCAAUUGAAGACUGAUGAGCUAAAAGAUUGAAAGGGUGACUGACCAUCCAUCAGUACAUUGUGACCAUCGUUGUAUAUCGCUCCAAGACAAUUGUGCUUGUUGGUGAUUGUGGAAGCUAAUGUUUUCCUGCUUUGGAAGGAGUGCCAUAUAAGAGUUCAAUGCCUCUGUGUUACACUGGGUGUCUGAUAGUUGGGUAGUUCACAAGAAUACCCUUUCAUAUCUUACAAUAUACUGAUUCUUUUUAUUUUCUUUUGAGUGAAACAUCUCUUCUGGAUACCACACAUAUCUAAGUGCUCUUGCAGCAAGGCAAAAUACAGCAGGUUUAAUUUUUUUUAACUGUAUUUUAUUCUGCUUGCAAUUUUUCUGUUUCCUGCAAAUGUCAUCCAAUUGUUCUGCUGUCAUCCAAUCCUUUUGUUGGCAAAUAUUCACAUGAAAUGUGCACUGAUAUUGUCAGGUAUAUACUGACAAACUAUCGAUCGGAAGAACCAGUUGAAGUUGAACAAAAUUUUUCCUCAGUGCAUACCAAGGCACAUAUACAUAAUGCAUUUUCGAGAAAAAGAGUGUGAUACCAAUGCUGCUAUGGCUUGACAUGCUACUUUAACUAAGAAACAAACUAUUUAUAAGGCAUGGAAGUGUCAUGUAGUAGCUUAAUUACACACAGCAACGGAAUGUUCAGCUGAACGCAGAUUUAUUUGUCACUGUACAGUAACUUAUUGAAAUAAAUCUCCUACAAACCAA